UGGCGCCAUUCGUCCUCGACGCUCCGCAAGCCGCCGACAAUCCGCCCGGACCGCCCGCCGCCGUCUGCUUCUCCGCUUCAGUGUGUUCAUUGUAGACGGGGUGAUUCGUGCGUGAGGAGGUUGAGGUAUCGUCGCACGUUGCAUCGAGAGCGUCGCAGGUCGCCGUCCGAGAAUAAGCGAGCGGUCAAACGCCGAGGCGUCGCAUCGCGUCGCGUCGCCUCCCCGCCGCCGCCGCCGCCGUCGCCGCCGUCGCCGUCGCGAGUCGUGUCGGAACGCGGUGUCUUCCGGAAGAAGAAGCGCAUCUGCGAAGACAGGACUCUUCGUUCGCAGCAAUCUAUCCGCGUUUUUGCAGACGCGGAGUAAACGUUCUGCGUCGGGACGCCGUGGGAGUCGCGUGCGGUUGCCUAAAUAAUCGUUAGAGCGUCUUUUGGCGUCUUCCCGUCCUGCUCUCUUUCUUCCGUCAAGAUGGGGACGAUUUGCUACAACAUCUCCAAGUACACGCUGGUGAUCAUGAAUCUCGCAUUUUUGUUGAUCGCAGUGACGGUGAUAGCCCUGGUAACAUGUAUGCUGACGGACAAAACGUUCCUGGUAUCAAUCGCUGAGGAAGGGAAUAAUUAUGAAGCGGGUCUAUAUAUCCUACUAAUCACCGGCAUCUUCAUGGUCAUCGUUGCUAUCAUAGGUUGGUGUAGCGCUCUGCAGAACUCGCGAUACUGCCUGGCCACCUUCUUCAGCAUCAUGCUCGUCAUCGUCGUCGCGCAAAUCGCCUUCGCAGGCUGGCUCUAUGCUCAUAGAGACCGUCUGGACGAACUGGUGCGGAUUUCCGUGAUAAGCACCGUUAAGAACGAAUACGGCGAGAUACAAUGUCGCACACAAAUCAUGGACUCGGUUCAAUCCAGCCUAGAAUGUUGCGGAGCCACUGGACCAGCGGACUGGGCCGGUAGCAAAUAUUCGACCAAGGAUGUCUCUCGAUCCCUCAGUUUGACUGUCUCGAGCAAUCCUGAUAAUAUGUAUAAAGUGCCACUGUCCUGCUGCAAAAAUGUCAACAGCACUGACUGCAGGGAAGGUCGCAAUAUGAAGAUUGCUGGAGUCGUGAGUCCUGGGAUUUAUAGUGAGGGAUGUACGGAAAAAUUGGUAGCUACACUGAAGAGUCAAAUGUAUCAUUUUAUGGGUAUAGCAAUAUUGGUCUUGACUUUAGAAAUCAUUAGUCUGAUAUUAGCUUUAAUUUGCUGUUGCAAAGACGGAUCGUCCAAUAGACACAAAGCUUAAACUGGUUUAUCGCAUAUAUCAUGUAGGAAUUUUUCCUUCGCUGAACGUCCCA